UAAAUUUAUUUAUUCAUCGAUCUGUAUGAUAACUCACAGCAAACGACAGUUUAACGCAUAGUAUAGAGAAGUGGACUGAACUGAAAGUUUAAGCUUAAUUAAUAUAGAGACUGUUUCCCCAAAACGUUUCCUCCCAUGCAGUGGUCUGCCUUUACAAUGAGGAGAAAUACUGUGAUAAUUCUAACGUAGAAUUACUGAACUGGCUUGUAUAUAAUAUCUGGGGUUAUUUUGUGAAAGAUGCCUUCCGGUUUAGUUUGUUUGCACUGAUGAGCUAUAAGUAGUUAAACCGUCCAAAGACGCAUGUUUAAACAAGGGACAAAUGUACACAUAUUUUGAAAUUAAUAACGACUGAAUGAUGAAUAUAUUCUGUUUCUAUGGAUAUGAUGAAGAAAAUUGUGACAAUCAAAUUAUUUUUACGAAAAAAAUAUAGCAAAUAAUUAGGGUAGUUCAAUAUAUCCUCUAACUUGCGUGUGGAAUGAUGUAUUUAGUUUUGCUGGAAUCACUGGUGCUAUGUGUUGGUGUAUUUCUCCAGACGGGCGUUACAGAGGAGUGCAAUGUUACAUUCCGAUCAAAAUUGAAGUCGAGAACAGAAUGCUUUACAACAUACGGUGAAUGUGGGUUCAAUAACUUACAGACACGAUUUCCCAGCUUGUACAAUAAGUCCGAAUGGAGACGUGACCCACCUUCGAACAUUAAACCGUCGUCCUUCUGCGAACCAGACACUUCCGGUGUCAACCAGUCUGGCAUCAACAUACAGUGGAACCUGCCGAAUUCACAUAGCGCUGAAGGGAUAGCUGGGUAUGAGCUUCGUGUAGAAGGAGACCCUCUAAACUUCCGGUGCCUGAUAGUGAUUCUUGAGGAAAAACCCACGAAGAAACACAUUAAUAUGGUGCUAAACAGCACGAUGUUCCCGGUAAGACGACAUCACAACUACAUGAUUGUUCUACUCACUUUACCAAGGGCGAAUGACUCCGGAACAGGGUUUAAAAACAUCAUGUCCAUGAACUGUAAACGAGGUUUCUCAUCAAGGAACUGGACGCCUUCUGGACACAAUUAUUCUUAUGACUGGCCUGAAAAGAGAUUAAUUGUUUGGUUCGAACCACCUCCUCCGAAAUACAACUUUACCAAAUUCCGGAUAUACCUCAUUCGAAGAAAGGCCCUGCUGAGUGAUUUAAUAAUAAAUACGACGGAGGUCACUUUUACAGAUAAGGAACCUGGAAUUUACACGCUGUUUAUGGAGCCAUACAACGAAAACCCAUUUGACAAGGACCUUUGUGUUUGUAGGGAUGACGAAGGCACGUGUAAAGCGUGCAUAUCAAGCAAAUGGGAAAUCACUGCUGAGAUUCCGAAGAAACCACCGGUUGCUGUAUCCAAGGGUCAUCUUCACGAGAUUAUAGCUGGAGUGUGCGUUUUUGUUGUAAUAGCAGUUGUGAUGCUCCUGUUAUAUAAAUGUAUGUAUUUUCAUUAUCAGUUACGAACAUCGUGCGCAGCGUGAUUCGUACUUACGAAG